AUGGUGCUGACCCGAAGCAGAUGGCUCCUUCUCAGUGCUGCGUUCCUGAGUGCGGGGGCUGAAAUCAUUAUCACCCCCGAGCCUGCCCAGCCAGCCGAAGGCGACAACGUCACUCUGGCUGUCCAAGGGCUUUCGGGAGAACUGCUGGCCUACAACUGGUACGCGGGGCCCACACUCAGCCUGUCUUACCUGGUAGCCAGCUACAUCGUAAGCACAGGCGAUGAGACCCCCGGCCCAGCCCACACGGGGCGGGAGGCUGUGCGCCCCGACGGUGGCCUGGACAUCCAGGGCGCCCUGCCUGGGCACUCGGGCACCUACAUCCUGCAGACUCUCAACAGGCAAUUUCAGACGGAGGUGGGCUACGGACACAUGCAGGUCUAUGAGAUCCUGGCCCAGCCCGUGGUCAUGGCCAACCGCACGGCCUUGGUGGAGCGCCGGGACACCCUACACCUGAUGUGCAGCAGCCCCAGCCCCGCUGAGGUCCGCUGGUUCUUCAACGGCGACACCUUGCCCAUCGCCGUGCGCCUUGGCCUGUCCCCCGACGGCCGGGUGCUGACCCGGCAUGGCGUCCGCAGGGAGGAGGCCGGCGCCUACCAGUGUGAGGUCUGGAACCCUGUCAGUGUCAGCCGCAGCGAGCCCGUCAACCUGACCGUGUACUUCGGCCCAGAACGCGUGGCCAUACUCCAGGACUCCACCGCCCGCACAGGCUGCACCAUCAGAGUCGACUUCAACACCUCCCUCACGCUGUGGUGUGUGUCCCGGUCCUGCCCGGAGCCCGAGUACGUGUGGGCCUUCAACGGGCGGGCCUUACGGAACGACCAAGACCACCUGAACAUCAGUGGCAUGACGGCCGCCCAGGAGGGCACGUACACGUGUAUUGCUAAGAACCCCAAGACCCUGCUCUCUGGAUCUGCCUCAGUGGUGGUCAAACUCUCUGCGGCCGCGGUCGUCAUGACCAUCGUUCCGGUGCCGACCCGACCGAUGGAGGGCCAGGACGUGACGCUGACCGUCCAGGGCUACCCCAAGGACCUGCUGGUCUACGCCUGGUACCGCGGGCCUGCCUCCGAGCCCAACCGGCUUCUCAGCCAGCUUCCUUCCGGGAACUGGAUCGCAGGCCCCGCGCACACAGGCCGGGAGGUGGGCUUCCCCAACUGCUCACUGCUGGUGCAGAAGCUGAACCUCACGGAUGCUGGCCGCUACACACUCAAGACCGUCACGCUGCAGGGCAAGACGGAGACGCUGGAAGUGGAGCUGCAGGUGGCCCUCCUGGAGUAGCACUGUGGACCUGGAGACCUCCAGAGAGACGAGCUCUUCACGUCACUCUCCUUGUCUCCUCCCCUGGAGCAGAGGACCACUCGCUUCCAGCAAGGAUGCCGGACCAUGGUCCUCUGGUCUCUGCUUUCACCCUAGAGUUAGAGCCAACAUGGCCCUACUCCUUCACCGAGC